AUGAUUAAAUUUUCAGCCCCAGCAAAUGCCCAAACUCCUGCGGCCGAGGCAAUGCCACCAACGCUUCUGUCGGCACUUUCCGGCAGUAAAUCCACCCAGAAACUGCCGUUGGCUCCGUCGGUGGAGGCCCUGGAGCUGAUGGGCGUACAGUUUGUGGACGCGCUCAUCAAAAAGGGACAGAUGGAAAUGGCGAAGGGCGCAUUCAAGACGCAGCUGGAAGUGCUCGAGAAGGUGCAUCCGGACCAGUACGACAAGUACCGCAAGCUGAAAGUCGACGAUUUGGCUGCGGAUGCGGUCAUGCAGCAGGCCGAGAUGGCCAAGUUACAGCCAAAGACAGGUACUUUCUUCUUCGAACAUUGUCCAAUCCAAACCUCUAAACGCCUCAUUUUUCUGCAAUCAACUAGAGUUCUCAAGUAUAACUCUUUCAAACAGACUAGAUACGUACAACGCAUAAAAAGUGUUCAUCGAUUUAUCGAUUUUGCCGUUUCAACCCCUCUAGCUAACACAUUUUGCUAACACUUUUUGUUAAGGCAACGCGUUCAUCGACAUGCUCAACGGAAACGGAAUUCCGAUUGGAAGCAGUAUUCGUGGAUUGGAAGACGCGAUUCGCACACAACGCGAUAUGGAGAACACGGAUCCGUCCGAGCAGGUAUAUCAUGUCAAACAAAGUCUACAAGAUACCCCCCGAAACGUUUUUCCGGUUCUUCCGAACUACACUUAGUACUCUAUUCUUGUUGUUUAGCCGUCACAUUUAUUGCCCAGCUUUGAAAGUCGACAAUGAAACUCGCCGGUCACAUUUAGAUAAGAAGUUUUUAAUCAAAGUGUUAGCUAACAAAGUGGACAUCAAUCCUGAUGACUUUUGCCUACACUUAAACACUACACGGACUUGACGGAGUCACGUUUACCGAUAAAAGACGCCAAAAUCUAAGCUAAGACACAACUUUUUCACUCACAGAGUUUUAUCUAAGAUGAAUCCGGCACAAAAUAAUAGUCUACGUUUGAAACCGUAAACCACAGUUAACUGUGAUCUUCACUUUCCACUGCAAUUUCGACAAAAUUGGUACAAUCAGUCGGCCAAAAGAGUACCGUUCAAAAGGAUACGAUCCGUUACUGACUACUGACUUGAUUUUUUCUAAUUUUCACACGCAUCCAAACGAAUUUUAAAGGUUAGGAGAAACAACCAUAUUUAAAAGUGAUUUGCAGAUCGCCAAAGCAGUCCUGGACAAGUUCCAAACGCAAAUUCUUCCGGGUCUCGUCGCGAACAUGAUCGCCGGCCGCAAUCCUUUCAAAAUGCCCCAGAAACUGCGUGGAAACCAGGCGCCGCCAUCUUCGGUCCUUCAAAUGGCAAUGGCUCAGAAGGAGCAGUUGGCACAGAUCGGACAAAGAGUCGGAAGUCAGCAGAUGAUUAUGAACGGAUUGGAUCAGAGACAGGGACGUAGAGAGCAAGAGGAAGAAGGAACGGAAGAGGAAGAGGGACAAGAAGUGGAAGAAGAAGAAGUGGAAGGAAGACGGAGGAGUGGAGGAGGCGGAGAGCCACAGACCGAAUCGGAACACCAUCGGAGGGAUCUGAUGAGGAGACUCAGAAAUAGUCCCCGGCUCAAGGGUCUCUUGGAGGUAGGCGCGUUUUCUCAAAAUUGCCAGUUGUCAAACAGCACGACACUUCUUUAAAAUGUGAGAGUAUUAUACUAUUUCUCAAUUCUUGUCCCAAUUUAUUCUGAAACAUACUCUUUUUGCAGAACGCCGAAGUCCAAUCGAUAUUGUCGUAUCGAAGAAUGAGGGAUUCGCCGUUGAGCAAGAGAAGACCACUCGCUAUGAAUGGUUCGUUUCUUUGAAUAGAUCCAUUAUGCCGCGUUCAAAGUCUAGGAAAAACCGGAAAAACCGCAAGUUUUUCUGUCCAAUGUCGGCCGAAAUUUGCGUGAAAAACGGGGGUGCGCACAGCUCAACGAAUGUAACCGUACCUCUAAAACUACGGUAUUUUUUGAAAAUUUGUUAAUUUCUUGAGGAUAUUUGAAAAAAUUCAAAUUUCUUGCGCAAAAUUUCAAAAAAUACCGUAGUUUUAGAGGUACGGUUACAUUCGUUGAGCUGUGCGCACCCCCCGUUUUUCACGCAAAUUUCGGCAGACUUUGGACAGAAAAACCUGCGGUUUUUCCGGUUUUUCCGAGACUUUGUACGCGGCAUUAGUUCUAGAAUUAGUGAAGUACUUUGGCGCACGGGAAGUUUAGGUGUAGUCGUUCAUUCUAUAUCAAAUAUCUCAGUUCCCGGUGGGGAUGCCAAAAAGCGGGAAUUUUCUACAUUUUCCUAGUUGACAACUUUUCAAUAUCUCCUCUUUGCAGACGACGACGAAGCGCAAUUCAAAGCGAUGGAGGCGCAAUCGAAACUCGACCAAAAGUCGCAACUCGUCCUGGGUCUUCACGGAUUCUCGGGCGCCGAAGAUGAAGAUGAAGAGGAAGAGGAAGAAGAAGAAGCAGAGAAUAUCGAUCCGUCGGCCAACUCGUUCCGUCGUGCCCCCCUUCGGCUCUCGUCCGGAUUCGUCGAGAAACUCCGCUCCAAUGAUGAGCUCCGAAAUGCGCUGGACCGUAUAAAAUAUCGAGUUGACGAUGUGGAAAAGUAUUUGGAGCCGAAGAAGAUCGACUUCAACCCGAAGCCCCAACCCGGCUACUUUGUUCCCCGUAAAAUCCCGACACGCCCCCGCAAAAUGCUUCCUUUAUUGAUCGGAGUGGACCCGAAAGUGCAGGACGAGAUCCGGAGACAUCCCUCGGCCGAAUGGAAGAUGGCGUCCGAAUCGCGGGUGCUCACGAAUCUCAAGAACAAUCCGAGUCUGGCGGCGCUGUUUAUGGACGACAAACUCGAGAACACGUUGAAGGGACGGCAGAUGCUCAGCAACGAGCAAAAGGGAAAAACGAGGGUGAAGACGAUUCGCGCGCUGCCGAGACUCUUCGGAGCUCCGACCGCAAAGGCCCAGAUGAUCGAUGCCAAGGUAUUUUUUCGCGAAAAAUUGGGUUAGCAAUGCGCCGUUUUGUGACUGUUUCCCACUGUUUCGCACCUAUCAUUUACAAAUCGUCUUUCAUUUGCAGGUGUUCCAAGACAUUGAGGAGCGUCCGGUGCCGCCGUUGUUCUGGGAGCCGAAAGGAAGACACACGCGACUGCGAUGGACUGGGGCCAACGAAAAAGAGAUCCCCGGAUUGGGUACGUUUUUGAAAUUAACAAAAUCACGUUUCAAAAAGUUAGCAAAACUAUUAUUGCUAUUAUUAUUAUUUAUUAACGUUAUUAAUUGAAGAGAGAGAAGGGGGGAAUGGCAAUUGAACAUUUCUCUCAAUUUUCAAUUGUACAUGAACAGUCCGUGAACCGGCAAAGAAAAUCGAUGAUUCUGACUUCAAAAACGAUAGAGAACAUUUCGGUUUUUGCGUUUUUACGGAAAAAUCGUUAAAGUUAGGCUUAAACUGACUUGAAGUUUUGUUGUCAAUACAAUAUUUUAUCGCCCCGAAAAGAUUACGCUUUCUUGCAGGAAGUCGUUUCAUUCUGCCCUCGCUGGACCCCACAAUGCCCGCCCUCAACACUGCAUUUUCGACUCAAGGACGGGCGCGCGACGAGUGGGACACCAUGUUCAAGAUUCCGAAUAAUUGGAACGCGGGCGAUGAGGUCGGCUUCAAAAUGAACUCGAAAACGAAGCGAUUCGUGGGCGGCAACGGCGCUUUCGAUAUGCCCGCUUUAGGAUUAUAA